UUCGCGUCUAGGGUGGGUGGGUGGAAUUUAUGGAGAAUAGAAGCGAUGGUAAUGAACGAUUAUUAACGCGGUGCGCGCUAUUAAUUUGCUCGAAGCUUUCGAAAAACCUUGAAGGCGGGUGGCGUGCCUCUCUUCGGCUCUAUGAAAUCAUAGAUUUCCCGGCAAUGUUAUUAUGCGAAAAAUUACGCUCUAAAAUUAGUCACAGUCCAUUACCGUGCGCGUACGGCACCGGCACAAAGGGAAAAAAAGCCGUUUGGAAGUGUGACUUUUUCGAUACGUAUCUAGCUAUUAGCGUUCGCGAUGAUGAUAUUAUGCUAAGCGAAUUGAAUAAUCGUAAUGCACAAUGCGCCGUUUACGUGUCCACUCAUCGAUUGCUUCUACGGCGUAAAAUCGUAGAUUGUACAUUCUUAGUCACAUGUCACAUCAUAGAUUCAUCUUUGAUCAAUCGUCUCUGUGUUAGUCGAGAUUUGUGUGUCGUAGAAACAUAUUUUAUGGGAUGUUCGGUUAAAAGUUGCAACUUCGACGGUUAACGAUCUCCACUUUCGAUUGUCAUACACGGCGAACCGGGUCAAAAUGACAUUCUUAUUCAAACAUGUGAAGCAUUUAAUCGUAUCUCGCAUAGGAAUCUGCAAUCUACUUUCAAACGUGGACCAAAGUAUAUAGGGAUGGAGUGGAAGCUUGGUGCGAAGAUAACGUGAGAGGGGCUUUAAUAGCCGAUCCGCAAAUUUUAUUGGUCGCUUUCAUGCGCAUGUUCUUUUACCGCCAAUUAUGAGAAAGUAGAAAUCAUAUAUUACAUAACACGGAUUCUUGAUUCAGAUUACGCCAAACAAAUCUCCUUCAAAUUUAUAAAUGUUCAAACUUCAAAUUUAUAAAUUUUCGAACUUUCAAAUUUUCAGAUGUUUAAAGUUAAAAAUUGAAUAGAUUAAAGGGAUGAGUAUAGUAGCGACCUCUAUCGAUUUCGUCGCAAUUGAUCAAUCAUGGCGAUACCCACGACUCUAAAUGAUGUUUAAAAACAGUUUUAAAUAUUAUAGAAGUCGAAGUUCGUUUUCAGAUUUAAAAGAUGUAAUCGAUUUAAAUAAACCCAAUUGUAGCAGAGUUAUUCGUUUUAAGGGAAACUUGUCGAAUACAAACUCUGAACAUAAAUUGGGACUAAAGCCAGUCAAAGACUGGGAAGUUUAUGAAUUCUUAGAUAUUCCAGGCCUUAUUUUUAUAAAAAAUCCAUUUACCAAUUAUGGGCAAAGGUAUUGGAUCAUACAGUGUAUAAAACAUUAUUCAAGAAAACCAUAUAAAAUAAAUUUGGAUGCACACAAUGUUUUAGAAGAAGAUAAAACUUGGUGGGAUACAUGUUUUGGAGAAUCUGACCAAGUUAUAAAAUUAAUACCAAAAUUACGAUGGGCAACAUUAGGAUAUCAUCAUGAUUGGGAUACAAAAUUAUACUCUGAAACAUGUAAAACAAAAAUGCCUACUGAAUUGACAGCAUUGACUUCAGUUUUGGCACAGACUUUAGGCUUUAUGAAUUUUAAAGCUGAAGCAGCAAUAGUUAAUUAUUAUAGAAUGAAUUCUAGUCUAUCUGGUCAUACUGAUCAUUCUGAAAUUAACACAGAAGCACCUCUGUUUUCUAUAAGCUUUGGUCAGACUGCAAUAUUUUUAAUUGGAGGACUUACACAAGAUGAUGCAGCCAAUGCCAUGUAUUUGAGAAGUGGAGAUAUAGUGAUUAUGUCUGGGAAUUCUCGUUUGAGGUAUCAUGGUGUACCAAAAAUAUUACCAGCUGAUACAAUACCAUGGGAUGAUGAAGAAGCAAAUGAUAACAGUGAUUGUUGUACCUGGGAUGAAAAUGACUGGAACAAAGCAAAAACUUAUAUUUUAAAAGCCAGAAUCAAUAUAAAUGUGAGACAAGUAUUAAAACCUGGACAGUUAGCAUUGCCAUAAAGUAUUGUACAAAGUUUGCUUGUAUAGUUUUAUUAAAAAUACUUAUAUCAAUUA